UUAGUUACAGGUCAUGGGCUUGGAAAGGAUAUUUGGUCUAUACCCUUUGAACGUAUUACAGAUAUUCUAUAUGUAAGUUAACAUCUAAAAAUAGAGCGCAAUUAUUCUAAAAGUAUAUAGAUUUACUACUUUGACGAGGUACUCUAUCUCGGGAGUCUAAUGAUGAUACGACUGUCGAUGUUAUGCCUUUAUCUUCGACUAUUUCCUCAGAAAGGAUUUAAGAGAAUAAUAUAUGCUAUUAUAGCAGUAAAUAUUCUUUAUAGUAUAGCUUUCAUUACGGCCUCGGUAUUUCAAUGUAUUCCGAUCCAAGCGGCCUGGACAAGAUGGGAUGGCAUAGUUCCGGCUAAAUGCAUUAAUGCAAAUGCGGUCGGAUGGUCAAGUGCUAUUAUUAACAUUGUGUUACACGCUAUUAUUAUCAUCCUUCCAUUACCCAAGUUAAUGAGACUUCUCAUGUCAUGGGAACAAAAUAUUCAGAUCUUAAUUAUGUGUGGCCUCGGAUCUCUGUAAGCAUUUAAAUAUUAUACUUCUGUUAUGGUGGGGAUCAAGGAAUAGAUUGUUCGCAAGGAGGGAAGAGAGACGCUCUUCGCACUCCUUAGGUAUUUGUCUAUCUACGGAAGGGUACACCCGCAACUUCGCUAAGCGAACCCUUAUUCACUAAAUCAAAAACUGUCACAACGACACUGCUAGUCUUCCAUGGUUGGCUGGCAUGCUUGGGUUUGAAGUACGCCAUCCCAGUCCAGGGUAGAGUCACUGAUAACGAGUGCAAUACUGCCUAAGAAGAUAAGCUCUUCCUUUGAACAUAUCGGAAUUCGUGGAAGAACCAAACUCUGUUUUCUUUCCGAAAGAUGAAAGCCUCGUAGAAAACAAUCCUCAAGAAACUCUUGUACUUCUACUUUCCGGUCAUCCUCCAUAUCGCAUGUAAUGAUCAGUACUCUUGGAGAAAGGGGUUCCAUUAUUAAUGUCGCUGCCCAAGGUACCCAGUAUUUCUCUUCUCCCCACCACGAAAGUUGCAACUCCAUAGCAAGAAUGAUUCCUGUCGCUAAAGGGUGUUGUUCAAGGUGCAAUUCUUCCCAGCAUAGCUGGCUAGCCCUAGAAUAUCAUAGGAUGUGUUAAAAAACAACCUGCUACUAACUAGGACCCUGAUAGAUGCAAAUCGAUAAC